AUGCCCAUGAAGGACUGCCGUGCCACCUUCCUGUUCAAUGUGGAGAUUUUCCCAUUUCUAUCAAAGCUAAAAAUACACCUACAAAUACACACAGGAGAGAAGCCUUACUCCUGCUCUGACUGUGGGGUGAGUUUCGCUCGACUGGAUACCUUAAAAACACACCAACGUAUACAUACGGGAGAGAAGCCUUACUACUGCCCUGACUGUGGGGAGAGUUUCUCUCAAAUGAGCAGCUUAAAAGCACACCAACAAAUACAUACAGGAGAGAAGCCUUACUCCUGCUCUGAUUGUGGGAAGAGUUUCUCCCGAUCGGAUACCUUGAAAUCACAUGAACGUAUACAUACAGGAGAGAAGCCUUACUACUGCUCUGACUGUGGAAAACGUUUCUCCCGAUUGGAUAACUUGAAAUCACAUGAACGUAUACAUACAGGAGAGAAGCCAUACUCCUGUUCUGACUGUGGAAAAUGCUUCAAAACAUUAACUGAGCUAAAAGUACAUCAGAGAACACAUACAGGAGAGAGGCGUUACUUCUGCUCUGACUGUGGAAAAUGUUUUAAAACAUCAACUGAGCUAAACCUUCAUCAGAGAACACAUACAGGAGAGAAGCCUUACUUCUGCUCUGACUGUGGGAAGAGUUUCUCCCGAUUGGAUUCCUUAAAAACACAUGAACGUAUACAUACAGGAGAAAACCCUUACUCCUGCUCUGACUGUGUAAAAUGCUUCAAAACAUCAACUGAGCUAAAAGUUCAUCAGAGAACACACACAGGAGAGAAGCCUUAUUACUGCUCUGUCUGUGGAAAAUGUUUUAAAACAUCAAAUGAGCUAAAAGUUCCUCAGAGAACACACACAGGAGAGAAGCCUUACGUCUGCUCUGGCUGUGGCAAGAGUUUCUCUCACCAGAGCAACUUAAAAACACACCAACGUGUACAUUAAGGAGAAAAGCCUCAUCAGUUCUCUGACCAGCUAAGAAUAAAGUCACUCCAUCA